AUUCGACCUAGAGGGAACUGAGGAGGAAUGUCGGUGCACGUCGGCUGCGAGUGCUCGCCCGACUGCCGCCGCCGCGUGCCCGCACCCGCAGUCCUCCCGCCGCGCCGGCUCCGCACGCUCCACGCUAACCGCAUCAUGGUAAUGGACACCCGAGAAGAAAAUGAACACGAACAUAAUUCGUCAAUAUUCGUAACAAAUUUUCAAAAUGGAGAAUCUGUAAACUACUCGCUUGUUUUAAUAAAAGGCAUCAUAACAAGAGGCAAUUCCAACAAUCAAGAUAAAAUAUUGUGUACAACAUCAUGUGAUGGUAUACAGAAAAAAACAGAAUGGAACGUUCACAAUGGAGAGUUCAAGGUUAUUGUACAAUUAAAAAGAGGAGAAAAUAUAAUAGAACUACAGCAUACUGAACAACAUCGGAAAAUUAUUUUCCUUGAUUAUACACCAAGAAAAACCAACCUAAGAGUUACCCCAGUUUACAUAAUAUGCCAGGGACAUGAUGGUUAUUUCCAAAGCCCCUACGAUAAUGAAAACUCAGUAGAAAGUGCUUGUAAGCGGUUAGCUCUUGGUUCCAAGUUAAUCCAAAGUAUAACUGCGGAAAAACUAUUUGAAAGUGGAGUUGGUAGAAAAACAUUUCAAUUAGAACACGAAGUUGAUUCAAAAAAACCAGAAUGUAUAGUAUUUAGGAGUACAUUAAAUGUGAACAAGGCACGAAAAAUGAAACAGGCGGAAUUAUGGACACAUUUUGGGAGAGAACUGAUGCUUUCGGACUUGGGCAGCAACGAGAGGAAAUUUUUAGGCUUCGUUUCAUGCACAAGAUUUAAAGGCACAGAUAUUGAUAAACCUAUGACACAUGAUGAAAUAGUUUCCUUAACAGAAGCCUAUGCUGCUUUAGGUGGUGGUGGCUUAGCUUUGUUUGGGACGGCAUGUUUGUACACAUGGCCAGAAUCAGUAGAAGAAAUUAUACCCAAAUUUUUAGACACAACACCAGUCAACACACGUCGGUUUAUGGACGACAGUGGCUAUCGAGGUACAUUCGGUGGAUGUUUCGCAACAACAUUGGGAUCAGUUUUUCACGAACUUGGUCAUACAUUCGACCUUGGCCAUACGAAAGAUGGCAUAAUGGGAAGAGGAUUUGAUAACAUUGAUCGUGUAUUUACAGUAGGCGACAAACGUUCAUCGAUGGUAAAGGACAACAUGAACAAUUACAAUGGAAAACCUGUGCAACAUUCCACCAUCGCGCUUCAACGUAAUAUAAGUGUUACUAUGAAUGUUGCAGAACCAUUGCGGGUUUUGGGACCAAGAAGUAAAACCACUUUGGGAAAUUUUGCUUCCAUGUCUAAAAGCGAUAUAAUUAGAAGAAGUCCAAAUGUUACUCCAAUCACUAGACCUUCUAGUGUAUAUUCAAAUAUAUCUAACAAAACGGAUUGUAAGAGAAAUAUAAAUCGCGUCAAUGGCAACGAUUCCAUUUAUUGGACAAGAAAUUGUGCUGUUUUGUUAUCAUAUCACAGAUGGUUCAAUAACGAAUAUGGAAGAGAGAGGCAAGCUAUUACAAGAUAUCUCAAAUUUGAUAAAAAUAAAAUGAUGAUAAUUUCAACAGCUGGAAUAAGAAUUGUAGAAGUAAGAGAUGAAUCAAAUGGAAUGGUUUUAGAUUCUUAUGAAUUCACCAAUUUAUUACCGGAAAAAAGGUUUUUAUUGCCAUUCACGUUUUCGUCAAAAAGCAAAAUUUUAACAAUUGUGGUAGAAGAUGAUUUAGGAAAUGUUCUGAAACAGACAUUCUCCUAUUGAAGAAACAGCAAUAAAGUGUUAAUAUAAACAUUGACAAUAAAGUGAAAGUAGGUCAUUAAAUUAACUUUACAGAUGUC